AUGACUACACGAACAUCGGAUCGAACAAGCCCACAUCAAGAUGAUAGAGAUACAGCCAUAGUGGGCAGAAGAAUGGAUUUACAAGAGUAUGUAUCAAACUAUCUGAAUACUAAUCGAAUGGAUUUUAAUUUUAACCCAUUUACCAUGGAUUCCUCUUUAUCUCUCUUCCAUCCUCAGUUGAAUGGAAAUACUUUAUUACCGCGAAAUGGUCAGUUUUGUUCAAGUGUGAUGCCUUAUCAGUCUUCUAUGAAUUUGAAUUGUGAGUUAUCUCAACAACAACAACAACAACAAUAUUUUAUUGGUGAGUCAACCACAGAUCAAAGUAUUUGGCAUCCAGCAUUAAUAUAUCUUGCAGCUGCUACUCAGUUUAUUCUACGCCACUUCUCUUUACACCAGCAAGAGGAAGAGCAGCGACAGCAACAUAUCCACAUAUCCACGUAUCCACAAUCACAGACCCAGUGUUUCGACUCAUUUGUCCAUCCUACUAAUUACUUGUUGAAUUCGUCUACUCAUCACAAUGAUGGUUCAACAUUGCAGUUACUUCAGUCACAACCAAGUGAAGAUACAUCAAUUCACGGAUAUACUACUAAUACCAUGAUAACAAAUUUGAGGAUGACUAGUAAUAAUAAUAAUAAUCUGACAAAGAUAGAGGAGAAUCUCUCUAGUCGCAUUAAACGUUAUCAAUGCACUUAUCCAGGCUGUUCUAAAGCAUAUUAUAAACGAUCCCAUUUAAAUGAACACUUUCAUUUACAUACGGGUGUGAAACCACAUUUAUGCAAUCAACCAGGUUGUGGGGCUAGAUUCACACGUGCAGAUCAAUUAUCACGUCAUAGACGAGCACAUACAGGAGAGCGUAAUUUCUUUUGUACUGUCUGUUCAAAACGUUUUAAGCGUAGUGAUCACUUGAAAGUACAUUUAGCCAGGAAUGUCUGUACAAAACCAAUUUCUUAA